UCACUGAGGUGGAACCACGUGUAUUCUCUUCUAACCUCCACUGUCCUAUUGCACACUUCAGAUUAGCAGUUGGAUAAGUAGCCAAGAAAGAGGAGGUGUUUUUCUGCAACAGGCUGUUAUUCUUCUCAAGCUACAAUGUAACAUAGCAUGAAAUAAAAGUACUGUUGCUAUGUUGCUACGAUUUAAACAGAAAUGCCACAGACCUGGUUGUACAAAAUAUUAGAUACACCAGUAUACUAAAACUCAAUCGCUACUUUCCACACCUGCUAUCUUGUGGCAUAUUUUGGCACAUGGCUGGGCCUCGUUUGUUACCAGCUGACUGAAAAACUACCUUUUAUAUGUUCUCAUUGCUGUGGAGAAAUAAAAAGGCUUCGGAGCAGGGGAAUGGGAGAUGAUUUCCUCCGUUGCUAAAUGCACCAUCCGAGAUGACUCGGAUUCUACUUUUCACCCACGCCACAACAGCGUUGUGGGGGGGGGGGGGGGUUUCUGGCGCGAUUGUUAUAUAGCAUAGCAGCUCAGUCACUGUGCUCAACCACUUCUCCAUCAGACCUUCAUGAUAACACCUGGUGUGGUUGCUAGGAUAUUUGUGAUAUAACUGCCAGGUAUAGCAGUUUGUGUAGUCGUGUGUGAAACACAUUUUCAUGUUUUCCAGAAUGUGCUGUUAGGCUGGUGAUUCAGUUUCCAAAAGCUCACAUCCUCUUUUAUUUUCUGAUUUAUUGGGUUUUUCUUCUGAUUAUUUAUUUAAAUCUGCAACUGGUUAUCCUGCUUUAAUGUGAUACACUGGUAAUUAUGGACACCAGCUCAAAAUGGGAAUACCAAAUAUUAGUAUGAUCAAAGAAAUUGAUAGAUGCCAGCAGCUCCUGUGUAUGUCAGCCUGCACUGAGGGAUAUCAUUGGACAAUGGGGGUUAAGACUUUCUGUAUUUGAGGCGAUAAAUGAGUAAAUGACUGUGGCGAAGGAGGAGAGAAAACUGAGGAUUUCUUAGAUAUUUUAUCUGACAAAAAAGAAGGAAGAAAUUGCCAAUUUUAAGUUGCAUCUGCACACUGAUCUGAACUGAUCUGAUGUGAUUUUAGACUCUGUGCAUGUCCCUUCUCACCAGACAGUAAAGGAAAUACAUCGUCAGCAUCCAUUCUACCUGACAGAGAGCUGGAAACCAUUUUCAUUGAUGUCUCCACUGUUUGUAUCGUUGGAAAACAGUCUUUGAUUACAAUAUAAAUGUUUAGUUAUCGGCCUAUUUUACUGGUCUUAGUAAAAACAUAUCAGGGUCUCCCAUCAAAGUAUCAAUUUCAGCAGCAAAAUAUAUUCAGAAAGAUAGUAUUUUCACCUGCAUUUUGGUUUUAAGGCUGGAUUCAUAUUUUUGGAAUAACGCUCAGCAACCUCUCCUGGUAAUGAUAAAUAUAUCUGCCAGACAACACAGUGAUAGUACUAGAGUUAUGGCAAUUUGAAUGUUACAAUCUAAAUAUUUCAGCAAUAUUUUUAAUCACUUCUUUUGCUUUCUGAGCUUCCUUAGUAUUUAAAUCCUCGGCAUAUGUAUUAAGAAAUAUUAGAUCACCCAAUGGUACACAUACACAUUUUUUGUUGUUUUGUUUAUAAUUUAAUUGGUUGAUUAUGACUCAGCAGCUGCUGCUCUUUGGUUAAAAGCUGCUUUUUUUACUGAGCCUCCAAAAGAGGAAAAUAACUUAAAUACGAACAGCUGUAUCUUAUUUAAGAAACCUGAAUUAUAAAUAUUGACGUUUUCAUUUUUGUGCAAAUAUUACACACUGAAUGAUGACGAUGUCAGUCUCAGAUGAAUAUCUGCUUCUGCGAUCUCGACUGUCCUUUCUGGUCUUGCUCACUUAUCUUAGACAAGAAUUACAGUGCCAGUCAAACCAAAACCCGCUACUGCCACCUAUUGGCGAGAAUGAGUAUCGCCCUGCAGCUACUUUAGGUGAAAGUAGGUGAGUUUAAAAGUCACACAAAGCGUUUUAAAUUCUAAUAACCAGAAAAUAAUAGUGAGGGGGGCAAGGUAAUGACACAACUAAUACAAUAAUAACUGUGCAAAUAAUUGUAGCCAUUAAAAUGUCCAGGGUGCCACACAUAUUAUAUAUUAUCUGUUCCAUUGUUUUGUCAAAUUGAAAGAGCAAGAAACUUCUACUUUCAGUUUAAAAUAACACAUUACUAACUGUACACUGAAACAUUAAUAAAAGUAUUUUAACAAAAGAACAAAAAGACUACUUACUAGAGCAUUGUGAUGCUGUUCACAGUGACAGUAGUUUUCCAACAAAAGUAGCUAAUUUGUACUAAAUGCCAAAUUCAGAAAAAAAACAAUGACCACUUAUCUAAAAUUCUUGUUAUAAUUCCUGCCUCUGUCAAAUAGUGGUCAAACUGGAAAGCAUGUUGUGACAUGUAUUGACUCCGUUGCUGCUCUGGUGCUGACCAUCGAUACGUUUUCUCACUGCUGCCUAUAACCAGGCUCCACUGUGGGAGUCCCACACAUUCUGUCUCAUGAAACCAACCCACACAGCUCCUGGCCACCACACACACACGUUUAGAAGUAUCUACUCGUGAUUCCUGUCAAUGAUAAUCGCAUUGACGGUAUAAUGAUAAAGAGAAAACUCCAGAUGGAUUUUUAUCAUUGAGUUUCUUUUACGUAUAUGUAUAUACUCAGAUAUUGUUGUGACACAAGAGUCGCUUAGUCAAAUGCAUCAAAACUCUGCAUUACCACCCAUUUUAAUGGCAGGCCAACUACAGUGAAUAAUUGUUAUGAGGAAAUUCGUGGCACUGUUAGUGCAGAAAAUAACAGCUCAUCCUCAUCCCAAUCAGAUUUGCACAUAUAUUGCCAUUUCUUGAAGACUUUUUCUCUCAAAAAGGAUCCCAACGUAUCUUAUUGUUACAGAUUACAAGCCAUAGCUGUUGAUCUGCCAGAGGCACAAAUAGACAGAGUUGAAGAAAGAGAGUAAAAUACAUUAGGUGCUGUGGCAGCUCCAAAAUCAGUUAAGUCUGACGCAGCUGAGUUUGUUGCAGGCUUAAUUAAAACACUUGAUCAUAUGUUUAUCCUUCUGUAGUAGAAAAUAGAAAAUGCACCACAUAUCUCAUGUAUCCAGGGCAGCCGCUCUCUCCCAGCGUCCAGGGCAUUAAUUAUCAGGGGAUGCAGUCGAUUCCCCUUCAGCAGCGACCCUGCCCCUGGCCUUUUCUGCUUUACCAGAGCAGAGUAAUCAUUGACUGUUUAGAAAACCGGAAUCCAGAUGACCCCACAGUCACUCAAAACCAGCAACUCUGAUUUGUAGGGAGUGACGCUCCAACAUCGACAGGCCAUGUGUAUCACCGCUGUGUGUCGGUAAGCUUCAGCUGCACUCAGAGUUCAGGUUUUGAGUCAAAGUGUGAGUUGGUUUUAGUCUUACUAAAGCUGAAGAAAUGAUUCUGAAUAUAUAAUCAUAUUGUCUCUGCCGGCGUCUCAGUCCUUAACCCAUCUCAAUCAAAGAUAUGUUUAACUGAGACAAACAACACCUUAUUGUAAACAUGUCAGGUUGGGAUAGGUUUUAAAAAAAACAAAACAUGACCUUCGCAUCACUAGUGGUACUCUACUCUCUUGACUUGCAAAAUUACCUUUUCAUUUUACAAACAUCAUAUGAGUACUUUAUGGCGCAAUUCAAUUGGGAUCAAAACAUGAUUUGUCUCUCGACGUUAAUGACUGUGCAUAUUUUUUUUAAUCUCAAUCACAUAUUUUCCACAAAUUCUUUAACCAUAUUUUUCUGAAGUAUGAUUCAUAAGCUGUCUUUAAGCAUCUCGGGAUUAUUUGUCUAGCUCCACCCACGAGUCAUGACGUACAAAUAACUAAAACGCAGAUCAUGUGAAAGAAAACAUUUUCAUUAUACCUUCAUUUUACUUUAUAAACUGACAAGAAAUACAAGUUAGUAAAAUUAGUAAAACCUUUUGCUUUCCUAGUAAUGCUUGUAGACAUAUGCACUCUCAUACACACACAUGCAAAUACCCGCAGUGACACUCUCACACACAAUAUUCAAAUAUGUUGAGCACGUUUUAGAGAGGGUCCUGUUCAGCUCACACUGGGCCACCUGUUGUAGACGAGUCAGACCACGACACCUCAGGGGACGCACGGUUUCCAUGGAGACCCAGAGGGCGGGUAUGGUGCAGCUUGCUCUGAUAAUUGGCACCAUGCUGGAGCUGAUUCUUACAUGUUAUUCUAAUAUUGUCAUUUAGGUGUCACACUAGCACUACUUGUGUUCUUAGGCAGCUCUCACUCUAUGUUUCUGCACGUGUCUUUUUGGUGUAUAAGUGUGCUUUUUCCGUUUAAUGAGAUUCGAGUGGAGAAGGCAACCUUUUGAAACUUGACCCUCAUGCACAUCACAUGGUUGGAAAGUGAUGGCGGCACUGUGGAAACGAAAGUCAUCAACUCUUUUGCUCGGAUCCAUUUUAUGUUGGAUUGUCAAAAGCCACCAAGAUCAAUGGGCUGGGGACAUCAUUAAAAAAGGGCGGCACUACCAUCCAGCUGACCGGCAGCCCUCACAAAGUAGACCAUCCCUCAUCAAUACUUCUUGUUGGAGCUGCAGCUAAAGUGAAUGUUGUUACCAUUGAUGCAUCGCUCUGAUUGUGGAUACAGCAGGGGGCUUCUGCCUGAGGGUGUGGCUCCAACUUAGCAUUGUGUUUGGAUUGAAGGCAAACAAAAGAGUUUUUGUGACAUUGAGGAUCUUGUGAUUUGUAUCUCUGGACUGAAGGGGGAUUAUUUUGACUGACACAUUGUUGAAGGUUUUUUUUAUUGUGCUUGUUUUUUAGCUUUAUAGAACUUCCUUUUCCGAAGUUGGACUCCCUGAGCACAAGCGUUUUUUUUCUUUGCUUCCUGAGGCCAAAGUCUGUUAAAAAACAUCUAAUAUUGGAGCUGGUUUUCAAAGUUUUCAUACAGGUUAUUUUGCACAACCAGCGCAGGACCACAGAGGUAGGCUAGUAUUUACUGCAUAGACCCAAUCUCAUCAGAACAGCGACCCAGGGCGAGCAACGGCGUUCAAGUGUUGGAAGCCCUGGAUGAGCAGUGUGUCCACUCGGAGAGAGGAGGAUAGGAGGAGGUACCAACCGUCGAGAUGACAGACAUUGAGGGACAAGAGAACCAGGGGCAUGGGAGCCCUGAUAAGAAGCUUGGCACUGACCACCAAGGACCAGAACGUCGGUCCAGUGUCCAGAAAGGCUUAGGCACGCCCAAGCAGAACCAACACGACCAUUACAGCUCAAUGUCCAACGUGGAAGGGGACCUUGAAGAGUUUGUUUUGGAUUUCGAUGACUAUGACUUGCUCGAGUCAAUCCACACUCAACUGGGGUCACCACUCGAGCCUUCCCGUCACAGGUUUGAGGACAACCCCGGGGUGAGACGCCAUCUGGUGAAGAAGUCAUCACGAUGUCUGAUGAACCGAGCCAGCAACAGUUCCACACCACUGAGCAGCCUGAAGAAGAAGAAGAGGGCGGCAGAUAAGAAAACCCAUGAGUUGUUUGUGGAGCUGAACGAGCUGAUUGUGGACAAGGACCAUGAAAUGCGUUGGAAGGAGCGGGCCCGCUGGAUCAAGUUUGAGGAGGAUGUGGAGGAGGAGACAGACCGCUGGGGCAAACCCCAUGUGGCUUCACUCUCCUUCCGCAGCUUGCUGGAGCUUCGCCGCACCAUCACACACGGUGCCAUCCUUCUGGACCUAGAGCAGAACUCUCUGCCCGGCAUCGUCCAUCUUGUGGUGGAGACGAUGAUAAUCUCUGACCAGAUCAGAGCCGAGGACAGACCCAGUGUUCUCCGGGCUCUGCUUCUCAAACACAGCCACCCGAGUGAUCUGAAACAUCGUUUUCACCGCCACCACUCAUCCAGCAGUCUUCAUGGCAGCUUCAAUCACAACAACGUCCAGGAUACCAAUCUGCCACUGGUGGCUGAAGAGCAGGAGGAGCACCAGGAUAACAAGGGGGGGGUAUACGACCCCAAACAAGAAGUGUUUGUCAGCCUGUUUAAAUCUCUCCACCCACUGCCUCUCGAGAGCCAUCCAGCUGCGGCGAGAUCGAUGAAACUUCUCGCCAAGAUUCCCAAAGAUGCCGAAGCUGUCAUUGUUUUAGUCGGCUCUGUUGACUUUCUGGAGCAGCCAGCCAUGGCCUUUGUCAGGUUGAAUGAGGCAGUCCUUCUGGAGUCCGUGCUGGAGGUCCCCGUCCCUGUUCGCUUUAUUUUCGUCCUGCUUGGUCCAAGUCAGUCUAACGUGGACUAUCAUGAGAUUGGACGCUCCUUCUCCACUCUCAUGUCUGACAAGAACUUCCAUGAGGUGGCCUAUUUUGCUGAUGACAGACAGGACCUCCUGAACGGUAUCAAUGAAUUCUUGGACUGCAGCAUCGUCAUUCCACCCUCAGAUGUGGAGGGCAAAGACCUCCUGAAGACGGUGGCUGACUUCCAGAAGCAGAUGCUGCGCAAGAGGAAGGAAAGAGAACUCAAGAGGCAUCAGUCCUCACCUGGAAUAGAGCUGAACAACAAAGAGGUGAGUCCAGAGGAGGAGGAGGAGGAAGACCAGGAGGUGGACCCAUUAAAGCGCUCAGGGAUCCCUUUUGGAGGCCUGAUCCACGACAUCCGCCGCCGUUACCCUCAAUAUGUCAGCGACUUAAAAGAUGCCGUGGACAUGCAGUGCUUCGCUGCCGUCAUCUUCAUCUAUUUUGCUGCACUGUCGCCCACUAUUACCUUUGGAGGCCUGCUGGGAGAAAAAACACAGGGCAUGAUGGGAGUGACUGAGCUCAUCGUGUCAACAGCAACUCUUGGAGUUAUAUUUUCGCUGCUUGGUGGUCAGCCUCUCCUCAUCAUAGGCUUCUCAGGACCCUUGCUGGUGUUUGAAGAAGCCUAUUACAAGUUCUGUCAGGCCCACGAUGUUGAGUACCUAACUGGUCGUGUGUGGAUUGGCUUCUGGCUCAUCUUCAUUGUCCUGCUGAUAGUGGCAGCAGAGGGCAGCUUCCUUGUUCGCUACAUCUCACCUUUUACCCAGGAGAUUUUUGCUUUCCUCAUCUCCCUUAUCUUCAUCUACGAGACUUUCUCUAAGCUCUUCAAGGUGUUUAAGGAGCAUCCGCUGCUGGCAAUUUACCCCAGUGACUUUCACCCAGUUGCUGGGCAUCAUAAAGUUGAUGACCCGAUCUACAACCAGCCCAACACUGCUCUUCUGUCUCUGGUCCUCAUGAUAGGCACUUUCUUUGUUGCUUUCUUCCUCAGGAAACUCCGAAACAGUCGUUUCUUAGGUGGCAAGGCCAGAAGAAUCAUUGGGGACUUUGGCAUCCCCAUCUCAAUUUUAUUUUCAGUGUUGGUGGAUUACUCCAUUACUGACACUUACACACAGAAACUCAAUGUGCCGUCGGGCUUCUCAGUCACCUCCCCUGACAAGAGAGGCUGGUUCAUCAGUCCCUUUGGCGACAAGAAACCUUUUCCUACCUGGAUGAUGGGGGCAUCUAUUGUACCUGCCAUUCUUGUCUUCAUCCUCAUUUUUAUGGAAACUCAGAUCACUUCGUUGAUCGUCUCUAAGAAGGAGCGUCGCCUGGUUAAAGGCUCAGGGUUCCACCUGGAUCUUCUUCUCAUUGUCAUUCUGGGUGCCAUCUGUCCUCUUUUUGGCCUGCCAUGGCUCACCGCGGCCACUGUGCGCUCCGUCACUCAUGUCAACGCUCUCACCGUCAUGAGCAAAGCCACGGCGCCUGGCGAAAAGCCUAUGAUCCAGGAGGUGAAAGAACAGAGGCUGACUGGGCUUCUUGUGGCUGUUCUUGUUGGCAUGUCCAUAGUGAUGACAGACGUGCUCCGCCUCAUCCCUCUGGCUGUGCUCUUCGGCAUCUUCCUGUACAUGGGGGUCACCUCUCUGACAGGCAUCCAACUGUAUGAACGCAUCACACUCAUGGUCACGCCCGCCAAGCAUCACCCUGACCACAUCUACGUCACCAAGGUGAAGACAUGGCGUAUGAACAUGUUCACCAUCAUCCAGCUGGCGUGCAUCGUGGCUCUGUGGGUAGUGAAGUCUACUGAGGCCUCCCUGGCGUUCCCCUUUGUCCUCAUCAUGACGGUGCCGCUUCGCCGCCUCAUCCUCUCCAGGAUUUUCGAGGAACGAGAGCUCCAGGCGCUGGAUUGCGACGAGGAUUCUCCCAACUUCGAUGAAGAUGGACGAGACGAGUACAACGAGAUCCACAUGCUUGUAUAAAUUUAAAAUUGGACCCUGCCAGUAUGAAUGCCUCCCACCCUCCAGCUCGGACCAAUCGGAAGUAGCCUCUCCGGAAGCCUCACUGUCUCUGCGUAGUGGUGAUAAAGCGAGAGGACCGACAGUAAUGGUGUUAUAGCUGGAUGUUCCCUUCUUACCUUUGUUCAUUCCAGUUUUUACUAAAAGAGCACACAUACUGUUAGAUCUCUGUGGUGGUGGUGGUGGUGGUGUUGUGUUAAACUCCCUGAAGCCUGAGCACCCUACCUGAAGUGGACAGUGCAAAUCUAGCAAAGAAAUGUAACUUACAUGAACACUUUAUCUAUUUUUCUUUCCUGUCUAUCCCUUUAAUUACUCUGCAGGUUCUGGGCAUGAGUGCAAUGAUGACGGUGACCUCUAGGGCUACAGCGGGCUGGAUCAUUUAGACUUAUUUUUGUCCAGAAAGCGGGAAAAGGGGGUUGAUUUGCUUUCAUUUCAUUUUCAUCCAGGAAGCGGAUUUUCAUCAAAAUGCAUAAUGAUGAACUGAAACUAAAUCUCAAAGCCCUAAAUUCCACUGCCUGUGUAGUUUAGCUGCCUUUUCCCUUUAUACUACUGCCAUUGCCUAUAGGUUGCAAUGAUGUGCAAACAAGGAGUUAAGUAGUCCUUUCCCUUUCUGUACAGACUUUUAGUAAUGAGCACUUUGACUGGGCAAAAGUUCACUUUUGUCGCUGCCAACUGAGCUCCCUGGCACGAAGCCUCCUCUCUAAAUGUACUCUCCCCUUGAAGCCAAAGUCUCCACAGAGACUGUGCAAGUCUCUUCGAGGGGUGUUUCUGUACUUUGCUAGGUGUUUAAUGCCCAACCUACCAGUCCACUGACCCCGUUAUUGUGACCUUGGAUGUAUAAGUAAAUGGCUAACAUGGUCUCAACCUUAUUUUUCUACUCUGUUGUAUCUAUUUAUUUUGUGACCUUUGGACUUGAUGCCAUGCCAGAUUCUCAGUGAUGUUUAGACUCCCAAUAGCUCAGAUUGCUAUAAGAGUUACUAUGAAAUUAAAAAGAAGAACAUUGUGUUGGUGGACACAUUCAGCCAUUCUUCUUUCAUCUUCUCCGCAAUAUUUCCACGUCGUGGUGCAUUUUUAUUUCAGGGAUGUCAUGAAUAACAUAGUAACACAUUUGGCUGGAAAAGCAUAAGCACUAAGCAAACACACAAGCGCUGAAAACGCUGGGGAACAGUUGAGUGUUGGCAGGACGUAUGAAUGAUGCAUUGUACAGUAAGACUGUGAGCUUGGAAUUACAAUGUACCGUCUGUGUUCAGAGUUCUUUUGAAAUACCAAGAGAUUUAGUUUUCACCUCCGAUAUCGCGAGCCCACUAUAGAAUUGAAAUGUAAUCGUCCAGUCAUGACACGUAAUCAGAGACCUUACUUCUCCCACACAGAAACACCAGUUGUAAAUAAAAUUAUUUUUCAUAAGAGACUUUAACAAGUCGAGCACAGAUUUGUGUGACGCUCUUAUUUAUAAAGGAGAGGAAGAAAUUGAUGUGAUUUUGGCUUAUAAUGCCAAUGAGUUAGACUCCAUUCUCACUAGCUUUCCAGUCUAAAUACUACAUUUCGGAGCAUUUUAUGUAUGUUGUAGUUGAUGGGAAGUAGUAGAAGGUUUCUGCAUACUGUCACUAUUCCCAAGUUUAAUAUUUUGUCUAUAAAACAUGACGUUUUAAAAUAGUAUCCUUCUAGCUUCUAUCCUUGCACCUUGCAUAUGUCUGUGUGUUCACUUCUACACUGUAUCAGCUUCAAUGGGUAAAGACAUUGAAGGUGGAAUCAGCUCACUGGGUGUCAGCUGAAGAGGUUUCCAUAAAUAACUAUGAAAUAUGGCAAAAUAGAAAACAAAAACAUGUUUUCUUGUUUUUACCUGAUAAUAAUGAUUACUUCUGCAGGUAUACAAACAACUACUAAAAACUCCAAAGUGCUUAAAAGUGAAGCAAAAUGUCAUUCUGAGAGUACCUAUAUUAAAAAAAAAGAUUUCAGGGUCAGCAGUGUAGUAUAGAUUUGGUAUGCUAACCAGAUUAGUAUAUCUUCAUUUCAUUCAACCAUGUCCUACAUUAUGAGCCAUGCAAGAAUUCUGUCUCAGGGGAAACUGACCUUCGAUCUGUAAAUAUUGCGUCCAAGCCUUUAGUUUGUUGUCUCUUGUGUGUACAUAAAUCCAACACUUGCGAUGUAAAAAUAUAGAGCUUACGGUCCAGACGUUUGUGUUAUACAAUGGAGAAAAUGAAUAUAAGUGAAGGGAAUAAUGUGUUUACUCCAGCAAUGUGACAUGGAAUUAUGCUGUAAAUGAAUCCUCCAUUGUUGUCUUUAGGCAAACACUUGAAGCUACACUUUGAUGUGAAGCGUACGUCUGCUGUAGUCUGUAUUUAAUUCUGCAGCUCCCCAAGUUAAUGAGUGACAGAAUGUGUUUUAGGACUCUGAUAGGAGUGUCUUUUAAAAUAGGCUUAAUGGACCUUUUCAACCAUGUGCUUUUGUUUCAGGGUUUACAAAGACUAAAAGGGCAAACUGAGAGCAAAUAAACUGAUAUGUUAUCUCCAUCAUACUCCGUUAUACGUGGCCCCGCUGUGUUCAUGACGUUAUUGAAUGUAAAUGUUUGGCUGCCUGUAUUUUCAGUUAGCCAGAAUGCUUUUCCGGCUAUUCUGACCCCGAAUCUUCAGCGCAGUGGAGAGCAAGAGGGUCAAAGUUCAAGUUGGAAUAUUAAGACAAAGUUGUAUGUCUCAAUUAAAAGCAUUCUGCAUGCAACAAUACAUAUAUCUGCAGAAGGUACUCAAAUGAAAAAGUACUGUAUGUGAUUUGGAAGGCAUUGUGUGUGUCCUGCUACAAAGCUAGUUUGAAACAUCUUUCCCGAUCGCUACAUUUCAAUGCACGUUACCACCACCCUCUGUUGAUCAGUGUAAUAACGUGAAACAGUCGGCAGGUGUCACUUCACACUCACGAAAGGCAAACGGAAAGGGGCACAUACUUAAAAGCAUUGCUCCAUAGCGCUACUAGUGGUGAAAACCUCCACAUGGUUCCUUUAAAUCCACUUAUUUUAAAUGUCUAUUACCAAUACAGCGUAUAUUUUGUUUCCUGGUUGUGUGUUUUAUUACAAUCUCACAAGGUGCAAUGCUGUGUUAAUAUAAUAUGCCCCGAUUGAAUGCAUACUGCAUGCAACAGGACAAAUUAUGUGAAGGCAGAUGCGCUAUAUACGAAAAGUAAAAAGAAAAAGUAUGGGAUUUGGAACGCAGUGUAAAUGUGACCCUUAAUUGAUGAACUGUAACUACAAUUUCAAAUUCCUCGAACAAAAUGCAGAGGACAUGAACUCUUGUGCAUAGUAGCUGCAGCCCCGUUAGCUGGCAGUAAGGCUUCCUCUUCACUCCAUCUUAGAAGUCAUGCUCUGUGUUUUAGCUCUUUAUAUUCCUUUGAUGUUAACUCCAGCUGAAAGCAGAACAGGCCAAUGUAGUCGACCUGGAGUAUCAUCUGGUAAGAAGAUUUUAUUUGUGACCUUAAUAGCUGGAUGUGUCUAUGUCUUGUUGAAGACUGUUGGCCAACAUUUAUUGGCGAGCAGUUUGACAUUCUCAAGACCUCAGGCUGCUGAAUUAGCUUGAGAAAAGCGAGAGACCAUUUUUAAACGGGGUCUUACACAAAACGUGUUUCAGGCCGAUGAAUCUGUCCAUGUUGACUAUCAGCUUUAUUGAAACGUUGACUCAUUUUGUGCUCGAUUAAUAGUUUUGUUAUUGAUUGACUUCCAUACAUAACCAGCACAUGGCGAGUAUUCACACUUAAGUGCAACGCUAUGGAAAACAAAUAUUAGAUGGACACCAUACGAUUAAGAUCUGACUAUGACUUUUAGUUGGUAUCUGCCAUCUGAGUCCAGUGGAGCUAUGUUAUUUGGUGAGCUGGUUGACCCACAGUGGUAAAAGAUUCACAAGGGUCGUUGUCCUUUGUUGUCUGACGAUACAAGACUAGGCUGCUCCAAACAGCCACGUGCUCUUGUUAUGGCAGGAACUGGUGUGUCUGAGUAUGUGUGGAGCUGCGUAGGCCAUAGCCGAGAGACAGCCAGUGAGCGUAUAUACUUAGCAAAACAUCCUCUCAGUGUUUACACAAGAGGAAAAAGUGGAAUUGUGGGUAUUAUUAAAGAUAAUAAAAGGCGUGGUGCUGCCACUCUGUCCCGCCUGGGCGCUAGAUGUUGAAACACGCAAGAUGAAAAGAAAAACAGUUUUUUUUUUUUUUUUUUGACCCUCAAAAAGUUCUGCCAUGUCAAUGUUCUGAGUUCACCACAUUUAGUCGCCUUAUACCACCAUGGUAGCAGGGCAGACCACCCACCCAAAUCUAAGACCUGGCUCUGUUAUUUUUGAACCUCUUCUUAAUUCAACAUCUUUGGUUUGAGUAAAGACGUCUGGCGAUCUUGGAGUUCUAGCAUAUGGAAUAGUGUGUUAGGUCCAACCAUUAUUUAGCUAUAAAUCCAAUGUGUGUGCAACUAGAUCCACUAUUAUAAGGAAGGUUGUUCACAGUGAUAUACGAGCACAGAAUUAUAGUUGAUACUAGUGUCUUUUGGAUACUGCAGGAAUGCUAUUCAUGUUUCUUUAAUUGCACUGCAUACCAAAGGAUUAGUUCCUUACCAGGAUUAGUUUCCUAAUUUCGGUCUUCAUUAUAUUUUGUUGAUCUCAUGGGUUAUAAAUGAAAUACUAAUCCUUUGUGUGUACUCUUUUUUUUUUUUUUUUUUUUUAAAAUUCAGUGAAAUGCUAUCUUUAGCAUUAGAAGGUUUUGUUAUGGUGUUGUGACAGGUUUGUUCAUUCAGGAACACGUACGAUUUUUACAACCAAUUAAAGCCAUGAUUUCCAUUAAAGCUGCAUUAAGCAAUUAAGCAAAGGAAAUGACUUUACAACAAGCGUACAGUAACUUCCAGCAGAAACAAAGUAACAUGGUCAUUCCAUUGGAUUGUUAUAUGCAGAACUAUUCAAUGCUUUCUUGUUUACUUCAUGUUUGUGCGGACAGAGUGCACUCUGAGCUUCGGAUUGGUUUGGAUUCUCAGUGAGACGGGCACUACUAGCAUUGAUUUCACGUUCGCAGAAAGUUCCUGAGAGUUAACAUUGAAAACAUUGCUUAAUGGAGUUUUGCGUUGUUUUGAUGACACACAGCUCUACACAACAACCUCUUGAUGUAUACUCAUAUGAUGACAAAAUUGUAAAAUGCAGUAUGUCUGCAUUUGUAACACAGACUGACACUUGGUUUGUGGGGGCUGCUUGAAUAGCAGGUCCUUGUGGCUGUAAAGAGAUUUUCAAUCAACUGUAAAACAUUAUUUUUUUGUCUGGAAUAAAUAUUUAUUAUGUGUUUCAAAUACAAAAAGGUCAGCUUUUUUUUGGUCAGCUUUAAAAAAAUGACAAUACAAUAUAGAUUAUUCAAGUAUGAAGUUGGUGUCAAACAGUACAGUCGAUCAUUAAGGUUUUAUUUUCCUCGACUAGGUGCCAGAUGGGUGGAGUUCACCAUAUAUGACAGAAUAAUGAGUUCCAGAGAGUUCAGACAUUCACAGCUAAGUAUUUAGACAGUCAAGUAUGAAGUUCUACCUAGAAUAUAUACUUAAAGGCACAGUGUGUAUGACUAAGGGUGAGCUAUUAGCAGAAAUAGAAGUAUCUAUAACGUAUACAUGUUUUUAUGAAUGUAUAAUCACCUGAAACCAUACGAAUGACAUACACAGCCAUUGAGAGAUAUAGAACAUGUGAAAUCGGAGGUAAAGAUAACGCUUCAACAUUAAAUGGUUUGACAGUAAUAAAUAUUAGUCCUGGGGUGCACAUUUCAUAUCAUGCAGAACUUUUUUUCAGGAUUAAAAUGAGAAGAACACAAUGAAUAUAUGAUAUAUAAUACUGCAUAUAUAUGUGGAUGCUUUGAUAAGAAUAUUCCGAAUUUAAAAUACUUUUUAGUUGUUACUUUUAACAGAUUGUAAAAGUGGAGUGGUAUGUAUUGGUCUGUGUUUGUAGCUAUUACUUGAAGGGAAAAUGCAGUACUUUCAUAAUUGUGGGUCAUGCCAACUUUGCACUCACAAAGAUUCCAUGAUAGAUUAAAUUGGGAACAGCUUGAGCCUUUAGUUCUUCAUGAAUCAUCAUUUCAACGCUUUUCCAUGAGUCCGACUAGCAAAUAGCCCUAUUGAUCGGCUAAUGUCUCCAACUAACUUGUGUUAGCACAUGUUGUAAACCAUGGUUUGUUUUGUCUUAGUCCACAUUUCCCGGUAUCUCUCCACCACAGGUGGUGAGCGCAAAGUUAUAUCACAUUCUCACUUCCAACUCGUCCCAAGCGGAGGUUUGAUCACAGCAUCUUUGGCGUCAUUUUUCAUUGAGCAGGGUAGUAGAUAGACUUCCAUACAUGGUAAAUGUUAAUUCAAAUAAAACUACUUUGUUAGGUUUAUGAAAAGAUCAUGGUUUAAAAUGUUUAAAAUAAGUUAGGUAAAAAAUACCUUUUUAAAUAUUUUAGAUGACAUCGGCGGUCAUUUUGUGCACCUUUUUAACAAUAUGUAAAGACAAAUUAUUUUCAUAUCAAAAUACAAUCAUCUUUCCUCCUGUAAAACAAAAUAUGAAGUGUGCUCACGUAAGGUAGGCCUAGUACCAACCAGUUUCCACAAAUAAUAUGACAUCCAUCCAUCCAAUCGCUAUUGAUACUACGUCACCUGACUUCCUCUGUAACUCCUGUCAUAAUUACUACAGCCACUAGAGGCAACCCUGCACAACAAAACUGACGUGGACCAAUCUGCCGUACAAGUGUGGGAGUGAGAACGCGGUGAAAGUUAUCAUGACCCACUGUCAGAGUGGCCACAAUUAUGAGAAUAAGUUCCAUGCUGAAAAAUACUGCUAGCUUCUUUGUCAGUUCAGCACAUCAGAGCCCAAAGGUGCUGGCCUUAUCCUAAGUGUUCCAGGUAGUGAGAUUAACACAGAGAAUUGGUAGGAAGAGUGUGAUAAUGAUAACAGGCGCUAUCAACAUAAUGAGAGUGGUGAGCGGUGGGUCUUGGACCUGCCCACAGAGUCUAAAGUACAUCUUAUGAAUCUCCAAGAAGACCGUGUCUUUCAGAAAUCCAUGACCCUUACAACAAGACUCUUUUGCCCAGUGGUCCACGCACAUAUUCAGUGUGUUGUAGAUGCUGCAAAGGAGGAGAGCAAGGCAGAUCACAAAGUUAAGAUGGCUCUAAAUGCUUCCAGAAUUGAUAUUAGUCAUUAGUUAAUAAAGCAAUCAAAGCAUCUCACAAUAAUAGACACUAUUGUGCAACAGUGAGAUGAAAUGGGACAAAAAUCCAGUCACUGCAUGUUCGUGUUGCAAAACUAAACUGUAACAUCUUUCAAGCCUGUAUUGACUUUCAUUUCACAUUGAAAUUAAUAGAACACAAUGUCUUCAAGGUAGAAAACCAUUUGAAACCAGUUCCAGCAGUGCUGAAGUGAGUGCUGUGGCACCCCAGUGUUUGGAAAGCGGUCGCUAACGUGAUUUGAAGUUGAUCGGAUGGCGCGGCCCUUUAAAGCUGUGACUUUAAUAUUCAAAGUCAAUAUCUUAAGAUGACGCGAAGUGAGCCAAAAACAUCUAGCUUUGGCAACUCCAGAAGUUUCAAUAAAUGGAGAAAUCGCCCACUGGUGUUGAGGAGGGCAGCUUACAUUUCACUGUAAAGUUUUGACGUGUCAUGUCCUCCGGGCGGAGAAGCGUCCACUGCGUCAGUAAAGCAACAUAAAUUGUGGGAGCGGUUGUCACUGCACAAUUUUUAGUGUGGAAAACAUCAAGAUUCAAUCGAGCCUGACAGCUGGAGGCCUUAUCAACAAGCUGGGCUCCUUGUGAUGAUGGACACCCCACCCUAACGCACCAUUUGAGCUGUAUGGGAGCUUAGACUCAAACCAUGUUAACAGUAAAAUAUGGAAUAUUACAGCCAUAAUUAAAGUCUACUGCAGUCUGUUGUAGGUAUCAUGGCAAGAACGAAAGUCUCCACAAACAACUGCUGUCUGGAAAUAUGAGCCUAGGAGUCCAGCACUUAUUAAUAUUAAAAGUUGAGUAAUUAGAUGAAACUUUGACCAGCACAUAACGUAGCCAGGAAACAGGAAAGUAUCUGACUUUCCCCAUGACUAACGGUCAUAGAUCUUCACUGAAAAGGCCAUAAAACAUGUGUAAUGUGCCACUUUAUCCAGCCCUCAGUUUUCACUCACUGGGCUCCACAAUGUUGAGCUCGGGGAUGGCUUCCUGCAGUACGUGCAUACCAAGGCUCAGCACAGACUAAUAGAUGGUGCAGCUCAUAUUCGUUAUGACGUGCAUAUUCUUGAUCAUACACAAUUUAUCAUUUCAGAAGGCAUGUCCUGACCAAGUUUUUAUUCCAAAUCCUGAUCAGAGUUUUUUAAUAGUGGGUAUCUCCGAUACCAAGUCUAAUCUGAUACUUAUGUUUACUUAAAUGUUGAUUUAAUAUAGAAAUAAUAGCUGUAGUUCACUUAAUCUGGCACCUUACUUUUACUUGAUCCAAAUAAUAUUACAUUUGUAAUCUGGGAUAUGGAUGAAAGAUUAACUUGGAGAAUGUGACUGUGAAAGAACCUGACAUUUGUUAAAUGAUAACAAAAAGAGACUGUAAAUAAAAUGUACCGUUUUUCAGUAGGCCAUGGGCAACUGUCCUGAUAGCCACUUGUCUCCAUGCUCUUGUUGAAGUGUGACAGGCAGUCGUCAACUCGGCUGUCAAACAUGUGCUGGUCACAUGCCAUUCCUGGAGAAAACGGACACUUACAUGAGUGAGAAUGACGGUCCGAAUGCUCCAUACGGCUCGAGACCAACGGCUAACAUCAUAGACACGGUGUAUGAAUGUGGUGUCAACAUGUAUUAGUGAAGAUCUUGUCAACACUGAAAUAGCU